AUGCCAGACCCUACAUCCAACUCGAAACCUCAGCAGGGUGACCAAUCACCUGAGCCAACUCAGUCUAGAGCAGGAGCAUCAUCACGAAAGCGCCAGCGGUCACGAUCACCCUUGCAGCCUCAAUCCACAGGUCCAAGCAAAAGGUUCCAUAAAGCUCCUAAGGCCAGUCCAAAACCAACCGGGGAAGAAAAGAAGAAGAGCAAUAUGUAUCAUAUCAAGAGUGAGGAUAUUCCAGAAGAUGCACGGGGCCUUAAACGAGCAUUUGAGAUUCAUAUACGCAUACUGUGGAACUCUGUGUCAGAAAAUGCUGCUCCCAAGACCCCAAGUAACAUCGACAUUGCAAAUUUUAGGCAAAGAUUUUCUAAUCGCCAAGAAGUUGAUGAAGUACUGAAGAAGCCUAAAGUUUCCCUUUCCCAUGAAUCACUUGAAGCUGUAGAGUCUCUUCAAAGGACAUGCCAGAUUGAUCCUGGGACAAUUGCCAGUGCGAUUGCUCAAGUGGAUGACCAUAGCUUGCGAAUGACUUUCAGUGUCAUAAGCUUAUUUGGUGUCACUAAAUGGCGUCCUGAUGUGCUCGGUGCCUCACCCACAUCACUCUACAACCUUACCAUGGAGAGUAUUGCUAUUUCAAGCUUCGAGCUUGGAUUGCAAAGUCAUGGCUAUGUGUACUUCGAGCCAAAUUUGGAGUACAUUCAUAAUACAGCUUUUCUGCGCCAAAUCUACCGAAACUAUACUUUCAUUCAUUGUUCAUCUCAGCUCAUGAAGGCUCGCAUCAAGUACACUCAGGAUUCAGGCUUCAAUGAUCGGCUUAAGAGCCUGAUUGCAGAGCCUGAGUGUAACUCUGAAGAUGAAGAUGCUGAUGAUGGAUCGCUUCAUAUCUUGGUGAAGAAUCUCCGCAGUGAAAAUGCAACACAUUUCAUCAAGCAUGACAUUGACAAAGGUAUCCGUACAGUAGCUGAUUUAACUGGAUCAAAUCGUCACUCAUAUAGGAAGAAACCUCGAAAGUUGCAUCCGUCGAACAAGAAGUCAAUCUUCAGGAAGCUUCCCAAAUAUUGUGCUCUUGACUGGUUUAUUCCGGAGCAAUUCAACUCUCUUCCUCCGCAAAUUAGGAAGCGAUAUGUCAAUGCAAAGAUUGCCUUACCAUCCCUUGAUAAGCGAAAGAAGUUGAAGGUGGCAGACUGGGCUUUUCUAUCGGAGGAGGACUUUAUGAAGAAGUAUGGGAAUGAGGUUCAGAAACUCUACAAGUUUCCAACUGAGGAGGAGCUCAAUGCAAUGGAUCCAGAUGAUUCGGGAAGCGAUGAUGCUAGUGCUAUGGAUGAGGACGAGGAGUGA